CGUCUAUGGUUUGCUUUUGUUGCUCCUUGCUCGUCUUGCUAUCGGCUUCGUUGCUUCGAAGGUGGUGUAGAGAUUGCACGAGUCGGUGCUUCGGCUCCUUCGUUGCUGUUCGACUUCGGUCCUUCCCUUCCUGUCGGAUCCGACGUUACAACAUUUUGAUCUGAUGCAACGACGGGAGCUCGGUCGUUCGCUGUGAAGGCACAAGUGCGGACUGUUCGGCUAGUUGACCUGAAGAAGAAGAAAAAUAAUAAGGGGAGGUGAGCGAUGCAUUCAUUCGGGCAGCGCGCUAACGCGAUCAUAACUUUCUCUUUGACGAUAGUGGCGGUAAUUUGCUCUCUCGCCUCUUUCUCAGACAAUUUCAACACUCCCUCUCCUACCGCCGAGAUCGACGUUUCAAACUUCAAUUGGUUCCAAAAGCAGCGUAAUGGAAAUGAUGAGCAAGCCUCAACGGCCAAGUACAUACUACAACAAUACAUAGCGGCGACCGGCGGGCAGGCGGCGCUAACGUCGGUGCAGAGUAUGUAUGUGGUUGGGAAGGUGCGGAUGAGCUCGUCGGAGUUCCACAUGGGCAACGAUAACUCCUCCGCCGCUGCCGCCGUUCCUCCGUCCAUAACAAGGAAUGGCAAAAGCGAGAUCGGAGGCUUCGUGUUAUGGCAGAAGAAUCCCGAGCUCUGGUUCUUUGAGCUCAUUAUGGCUGGCUGUAAGAUGAGCGCGGGCUGUAAUGGCAAGCUCGCCUGGCGCCAGUCCUGCUCGGAGAAAUCGCACGCUUCGCGUGGCCCGCCGCGUCCUCUCCGGAGAUCUCUACAGGGCCUAGACCCGCGCUCAACGGCAAAUCUCUUCGUCGACGCAGUCUGCAUCGGCGAAAAAAUCAUAAACGACGAAGAAUGCUUCAUUCUAAAGCUCGAAGUCAGCCCCAAUGUCCUCAAAUCCCGCAGCGCAUCCAGCUUCGACAUUAUCCGCCACACCGUUUGGGGCUACUUUAGCCAACGCACUGGUCUCCUUAUGCAGCUGGAAGACUCUCAUCUCCUCCGUAUGAAAUCUGGCUGCAGUCGCAUCUCCGCCUCCACCCAGAUCAGCUGCAAAAGCAUCAACAAUGAUUCUUCCAUCUUCUGGGAAACUUUUAUGGAAUCCAUCAUUGACGAUUAUCGCUACAUUGAUGGCAUCAAUAUCGCUCACAAUGGCCGAACCGUCGUCACUCUGUUCAGAUACGGUGAGGGAUCGAUUAAUCAUAAGCGCCGGUUGGAGGAGUGUUGGACGAUUGAGGAGGCCGAUUUCAAUCUGCAUGGCCUUGCGAUGGAUUCUUUUCUUCCACCGUCAGAUCUUAAGGUCGAUUGCGACUAGAGUUUGUGAGUUUUUUCCCCUUUUCGAUUAGUUGAUUUUUUUGUUAUGAUGUACUUUUAAUUGCUCUUAUUAUUUUGUUUCAUUUUAAGUAAUUAGGAAAUAGUGAAGAGGGAGGAACUGUAAAGAUGGAGAGCAGGGUUUCCAUUGUUUUUAUUCGUUUUCAUUUAACACCAAGAAAGGAUUUGUAAGUUAAAUCCAGAGUUUGGAGAAAUUAGUGAGAAAGUGUAACUCAUUAUGUGUUGAAUUGUUAUUGCGAUGCAAAUCAUUCAUAUCAAAAGAGUAUAAAGUAGUACAAAUUAAAAGCAUGUGUCUAGAAAAGAUAGAAUUAUGA